AACUAAGAGAACUCAAGACUAAACCAGACUAAACUAGAGUUGGUAGGAUGAAAUAUGACAGGAUACCAUUUUAGCAUCCUUGAAUGUAAUUUCUUCAUAUUGCCUUCAUCCAGACAUGGGAGCAAAAAAUGACACAGCUGUGAGGGUGUAUGAGUUUAUUAUAACAGGCUUUGAUCACCUUUCACAUCAGAAACUGCUUGGCUCCCUCAUCCUUAUUGCUUAUGUUCUCAUACUGUUUUUCUGCAGCAUAAAUCUGAGUAUAGUGGUUGCAGACAGACGUUUGCACUCACCAAUGUACAUAUUCAUUUGCAACUUAGCCAUUGUGGACAUCAUGUUUAGCACCAGCUCUAGCAUAACAAUGAUAGCUGUAGUUCUUGCAGAAAUGAAAACCAUUUCCUACAAUUCGUGCAUCACUAGUAUGUUUAUCUACCAUCUUGGGGAUGUCACUUCGUGUCUAGCGAUAACCUUGAUGGCUUUGGAUCGAAUGAUUGCAAUUAGCCUGCCUCUGAGGUACAACAGCAUCCUCACAAACACACGCAGUAUCAUGCUCAUUAUGGCUGCCUGGAUAAUAGGUAUUGGAUCAAUGGUGCCUAAUACUGUAACAGUAGAGAGCAUUCCAUACUGUCAACCCGUGAUAAGAUAUGUGUUUUGUGACUAUGCUGCAAUGAUACGAGCUGGAUGUGUGGACCCUGUACCUUAUUUUCAGAUUCCAAUAAUCGUGUUCAAGUGGAUGUGGUUUUUGGUUGGACAUUUUACGCUGAUUUUCUUGACAUAUGUUGUUAUUAUCUUCACUGUUCUGAGACUCAAAGAAAAGGGAAGCAGGAAGAAAAUGUUUAGUACUUGUAUUUCACAUAUCAUUGUGGUUUCCACUUACUUCGCACCCAAAUUAGUAUCUGUGCUGCUCACUAGAAUAGGUGUGAAACUUAACCUGACUGAAAGAAAUGCUGUGAUUAUUGUGGCUUCAGUGCUGCCACCUCUCAUCAACCCUGUAACUUACUGUCUAACAACAAAAGAACUGAGAACACGGCUGAUAAACCUGUUGACUAAACACCGUGUGGCGAUUAAGUGA